AUGUCGAGAUUCAUAAAGUCCUACAGCAUAAUACCAAAGGAUCUUUUCCGCAUAAACAACGGCCGUGUUGUUCGUUUGCGGGCUUAUCCUGGCCCUCGACGGCCUCCUGGGCUGUUUGACCUCCUGACGCACAACGGAAUGGUGCAGCCAAAGGCCCUCAACCCGGCCACUUACCAGCCACCAAACGGGGCCUCAAUGCGGCCAAAUACUCUAAAAAUGCAGCAGAAUGCAGCCAGCCUCAGGGGGAGCUCGGCCUGUAUUUACAAAUUGGAUGCAGGCAUUCGGAUACCGGACGACCUUAUACUGGUCCAUGAGUUCAAAGAUCAUUACUCCCUGCAGGCCAGGAACAUCAUGACGGUAGAAGAUCUCAAUGCCAAAAUCACUCGGUUCCUUGAGGGAAGUGGUCGGUGUCUGUCAAAGGACGAGUGGCUGCGAGAGUACCCAGAGGCCACGGAGACGGAGUAA